AUAAGUUUCUCCUACGUGGGGUUGUCCUAUAUGGGUUUGUCCUUCAUGAGUUUGUCUUACAUGGUUUUGCCCUACAGAGGUUCAUACUAUGUGGGUUUGUCCUACAUGAGUUUGUCCUGCAUGGGUUUGUCCUACAUGUUCUUGCCUACACGGGUUUGUCUUACAAGGCUUUGUCCUACAUGAGUUUGUCCUGCAUGGGUUUGUCCUACAAAGGGUUGUCCACAUGGGUUUGUCCUACAAAGGGUUGUCCACAUGGGUUUGUCCUACAUGGGUUUGUCCUACAUGGGUUUGUCCUACACGGGCCCUCGUCCACUGUCUCAGGCCCCUUCUCCUAUCCUACAGGUGGGAUCCCAACAGACAGGAACAGCACCAGUAACAGCACAGGCAGCGGGUGCGUCGGGCUGUGGCAGCACCCACGUUACAUGGCUGCCAAGAAGAACACACCCGUCCACUUCAUCUGCUACACCCGUCAGCCCCACGCCAUGCAGUGGUACAAAGCGUCGGCGGAUGGAGAGGAGUUCCACGCGCUGGAUCAGAGCUCCGAUCGCUUCAGCAUCAAGAAUACAAACGACUACAUCAACUUCACCAUCUUCAGGAUCAACUACGAGGACAACGGCAUCUACGUGUGCGACAGCAAGAACUUCACAGAGGAGAAGAGGCAGCCACACUUGUGUGGGACAGAGCUCAGAGUCAUGAGUCGCAGCAACAUCCAGCAGAUCCAGAACAGGAACACGCUGAAGGACACCAUCAUCAUCAUCCAGACCAUCCUGCUGGUCAUCUUCAUCAGCGUCCCCAUGCUCCUCUUCCUAGAAAAGGGUGACGGAAAGGAAAGCCCUGAGGAAGACCACACCUAUGAGGGCCUGGAGGUGGAGCAGAUUGCCACCUACGAGGACAUCACUCCUUUCCGGGACAUGAAGGCCAAAUGGACAGUCGGGGAGCACCCAGGAGAGGAGUGAGGGGUGCUGCACCCACCACCAGGAUGGCACCGGCAGCACCACCCCAUGGCAGCACCACACUGGUGCCACCACGGACCUCCAAGGACUUGGUGCCACCACCUCCAGCUGCCUUGUACAGAGCUCAGGUCCUGCUGCCUCCCAGCUCAUGCUUGGUCGCAUCCAAGCUGUGCAAGCAAGGCUGUCCUGCCCUGGCUGCUGCCCAUCCUGCCCCACUGCUGAACCCCAAAACCCUACAUAGAUAAUAGGAACCAACCUCAGAGCCCAGCAGCCCCAAAUGCCAGGCAGUCCCACACCACAGUGCUGAGCUGUGGCAUGGUUAAUGCCACCAAGGUGCUAUGCUGGUGACCCCAUGGACACACGCAAUUCCCCCCCAUGCUGCAAGGACCCUGCUGGGCUGUGAGACCCCCCCCACCAGCCCUGUGCUCCUGGUAGGGGAGCCGUGGAGAGCAGCACCAUGGGGCCGGUAGAUCUGGGGCCAGUGUGUUAUCUCUCAAGCCACAGACAUGUCCAGUUGGCCAAGCUGGAAGUUGACAAAGUUGGCUGUUGUCUGAGAUGGAGGAUCCUCCACAAGUGCCUUGUUUUAUCCCAUAGACUUGAGGAAAGACCAGGGAACAACAGGCACACAGAGGGCUUGCUCCUCUCCAGGCAGGAGCUGUGGCACAGGGCUGUCCCCCUGGUGAGGGACACCCUCAGAACCAAUGGAAGGAUGUAAAUAGCGGGACGCAGACGUCCAACUGCUCUUUUAAGUCCUAAUAAAGGUGAUGGGUGAACUCCCACCUUGCACACCUGCAGGCAUCCGAGCUGUGUUGCACCGUGCCCAGUCCUGGUGCUGGGGGUGUUGGGGAUGGCAACGGGCUGAAGGUCCCUUGCAGGACAGCUGCACCGUGCAGCUCGCUGUGCCUCGGCCCUGAGGAGAAGCAGAUGGGACUGUGCUGCUUCCUGAAACAGCCUGCGAAGACUGAGGGUAAACUGUGAGGAAACAGGGCUGCUCAGCAGGGAGAAACGAGCCCCGGCUCCCAAGCUGUGUGGGAUUUCGGGAGGAGUGGGGCUCACCCCUCCAUGCCAUUUCCAGCGAUGAAAUGGAAGAGGAAGGAGAGCAUUUCAGCCUUUCCAGUUCCCAACUGCUUUCUCUGCUCUGUGUAAACAACUCACCCAACCGACGGAACAGAGCCACGCAGACACACAGGACUGCAGCUUGCACCUGGAGAGGAAACCACUGGUGACCAAAGCAGUUUCGGUGACCCCAGUUCCGCUCUGCUGCCUGGCUGCUCUUAGCAGGGGCCUCAGCUUCCUUUGACAUGUCAGAAGCAAAUAAAUAUUUCUGCAUUUCUGCAUUAUUUUAAA